AAGAAAAAAUGGCGGAUGUCGAGUUGAACGUCGACAACCUGAUACAAAGAUUGUUGGAAGCGUAGAAUUAUGCUCGAUGUACCUGUGACAAAACGACUCACCGAUGCCUCGCGAUUCGUCGCCGACAUUGCGGGAACGGGCAGGAAAUGCAUUUAAACGUGGAAAUUUUUGGGCGCAGUCCGAGGAUGCCGACCAGGAAAGACCGUCUUAAUGUCAGAGGGAGAGGUGCGUGGCCUUUGUCUCAAGUCACGGGAAAUUUUCCUACAACAACCGAUCCUGCUCGAAUUGGAGGCGCCACUUAAGAUCUGCGGUGAUAUUCACGGCCAAUACACUGACUUGUUACGACUAUUUGAAUAUGGCGGUUUCCCGCCAGAGGCGAACUACUUAUUUCUUGGUGAUUACGUAGACAGGGGCAAACAAUCGUUAGAGACGAUAUGCUUGUUGCUUGCCUACAAAAUCAAAUACCCGGAGAAUUUCUUCCUAUUGCGAGGCAAUCACGAAUGCGCAAGCAUAAAUAGGAUAUACGGGUUCUACGACGAGUGCAAGAGGCGGUACAACAUUAAAUUAUGGAAAACGUUCACCGAUUGCUUCAAUUGUCUUCCAAUCGCGGCGAUCAUCGACGAGAAGAUAUUUUGCUGUCAUGGAGGUCUCAGUCCAGAUCUUCAGAAUAUGGAACAAAUCAAAAGAAUUAUGCGUCCGACAGAUGUACCUGAUACUGGCCUUCUCUGUGAUUUGUUAUGGUCAGAUCCAGAUAAAGAAGUUCAGGGAUGGGGUGAAAAUGAUAGAGGUGUAUCUUUCACAUUUGGUCCAGAUGUAGUAUCGAAGUUUUUAAAUCGUCAUGAUAUGGACUUAAUAUGUAGAGCACAUCAAGUAGUCGAAGAUGGGUAUGAAUUUUUUGCAAAAAGACAGUUAGUUACUUUAUUUUCCGCACCAAAUUAUUGCGGAGAAUUCGACAAUGCCGGAGGAAUGAUGAGUGUUGACGAAACUCUAAUGUGCAGUUUUCAGAUUUUGAAACCAUCAGAGAAGAAAGCUAAAUACCAGUACUUAAGUUUGAACACGGGUCAAGCCACCAGACCAUCUACACCACAAAGGAAUCCAGCCAAAAAGAAAUGACAGCCUUGUACUCGGUUUUUCCUUCAGUUAAGGAAGCUCGUCGAUAAGGCGACCAAAUUUUUGUUAAGGCGCGAACAUUAAGAGCAUAACAUUGUAUGAUAUGUUCUAUCACUAACUAGCGGUUAUGCCAAACAGAUGCAUAGCAAAGAAAAAAAAAACAAAAAAACAAAAAAAAAAACAAAAAAAUAAAAAAACAAAAGGAAUGAAUGAGACACGUAGUGAUAUUUGAUCGUCGAGAAUUUUUUGUGAUCGUUAAAGACUUUAAAAAAGGCAGGUUUAAUUUUUUCCUUCGAAUAUAAUUUCAAUCUAGCAUUUUAAGUAAUUAUUAUGUUGACUGAUUAGUAAUUAAAAAUAACGAUAGAAUGGCUCCCGAGUGCUUGUUAUGAAAAGUUUAAAAACAAACAAAAACAAAAAAAAAAGAAGUAAUUCUUUGUUAAUGCUUUUCCAUAAGUAUUACUUUCAUGUUUUAGAAUCAAGUAUCAAGAGAAAUUAUCUCUUCCUUGCAUCUUAAUAUGAUAAUUAAUAUAGUUAUUAAAGAAAAACUUUUUUUUCAUAUACAUUUAAUUUGAAUCAAGGAUCACUUCCGUGUUCUCAAAAUUACUUAUAUAUAUCUUCUAAAUAUGAGUGGUCCUUUAAUUGCCAUUAGUGUUUAAAAGAAAUUCAAAUUCUCAUUCUCAUUUUAACUAUUUAUUGCUUCCAUGUUGAAUGUUCAGUGUAAUUAUUAGAUACAUUGCUGAUUAUUCUUAAUAUUUGUCUUAAUAAUAUCAUUGCCAUCGCUUUGCAACUGAUUUAAUUAUUAUUGUUUAAUGAAAUGCGCUAUAUCAUGUACAUAGAUAUUCUUUCAUUUCACUUCAUAUUUUUUUCUAUUUUAUUUUUUUCUUUAAUCAUUAAAUCAUAUCUCUAAGCACGUUUGAAUACUUUAGUUUCUAGUAUUCGCACGUUUAAGAUAUGUUGUAGGAAUAUUAGAUUGUUAAUUCUCUAAAAACGAAAAAUAAGAGAAAAAAUAGAGAAUCAGUAUUUUUAAGAUGAUGAUUCUAUGCAGAUUAUUAUUACUGCAUUUAUUUGAAGGACAUAUACUCGAAAGAAAUAAAUGGGUAUUAAACAUUAUUUCAGAUGCAAAAUAUACUUAUUACAAAGUUGUAUUUAAGAAAAAGAAUCUCAAUCAUUGAGAGAUUUUAAUCUUGCGAUAAAAUAAGUAUAUAAAAAUAUAUGUAUUAAAUCGAUCUACGAAGUACCAAAUUAUUAAAAUGUAAAUCAUAUUUGUUAACGGAUAAAAAAAAGUCCUCGAAUGAUUUAUUAUUUCUAAGAACAUUUCUAUUUCACUUUCAGAUGUUUUGAACUUUAUUUCUUUAAAUAUAACUCGAUUUUUAGGUAUAUAAUUAACUGAUAAAAAAUAUACUAUAUAUUUAAUUUUACUUAUUAAGUAUUUAAAUAACAUAACAAUUAUAUGAUAUUUCAUUUUUAUUCGUACUUUAUAAAAUAUUAACUCUUUUUUUAAUUGUUUUAAGAAAAACUUUUUUUGCAUUAAUUACUUAAUAAUAUAAUUGUUUGUUAAGUUGUGCAAUAUAAAAAAUAGUUUUUACAUAAAUGAAAAUCUAGAAAAGGUAUCAGAAAUGAUUUGAAUAUCGACGUGUAUAAGAGAUAAGUAAGAAUAUUUACCAAAAAUACAUGAAAAAUAAAAGAAUAAAUUAUUUGAAAAAAGCGAAAAAAAAAAUUAAAAAAAAAAAGAAAAAAAAUAUAUUAGAUUACAUUGUAUCAUCAGAUUAACUUAUACAAUUCCAGAAGUGAAUGAUGAAAUGAUUAAACUUAUUAUCUGAAAGUGAAAUAAAUCAAUUUUAAUGCAUUGUUAGACGAUUAAAAACGAUUAUUAAGUUCAUUUAUAUGAAUAUUUAUAAUUUAUAUUAAAAUUAUUAUUUAAGGAAUGAGGAUGAAUCAUAGUGAAUUUUUUUAUAUAUUCAAAGAUUUUUAAUCAAUUUAUUAUAAAUGAAUUAAUUAUUAUAAAUUGUUAAAUAGAGAAAAAAUAUGAAUUACGAGCAUAUUUGAUAAAGUUGUGACAGUUAAAUUUUCUUUUUUUAGCAUUUAGAUAAGUUCUACACUGGUUACGUGAUUUAAACAAGGCGACUUAACUAUGGCCAUUUUUCUUCCCUCACAUUCGCCAUUAACUUUCCCUAUUUCUCUCUCCCGUUCCCAAUAUAAGUUUAAUUGUAAAAGAAGCGGUUGUGAUCCCUCGAUAAUAUGCGUUUUGUCUGAGACUCGUAAAUUAUAUACAUAGAUAUUAUAUUUGUAAAUGGCUGGUCGGUCGGGAUUCGACGAUGCUCUGUCAAAUAUAAGAUAAUAAUACUAGUUAUGUGCACAUAAUCAGCUAUUGUUACAUUAAUCGAAUCUCGACAGAAUAAGCUAAUUCAAUAACAUCCUAAAGAUGUAAAACUUUCAGAUAAUAAAUAUGCAUAUUGUUGUACAAACCUGUUUCCGUGAGCUUAACAUUUGGCUCUAGAUUAAAUAUGUUUAAA